UGCAGUACACGGCUGUUAUGUAACGGGAAAGCACGCCCUCUAGCUUUCACCACAUUGAAAGCGACUUGUGCUGUGUCCACCCUCAGACUCCAUUUAACCGAUUACCGCUGGUUAAGCGUAGAAAUAGUUUGGUCUCCAUCAAAAUGGCCGCCUCAGCUAAACAGUACCCUCUGGAGGGCGGAGACAAUUUUGAUAAGCGAACGCUUGGCCUCUCGCAAUCCUAACGCGCCUGUGUGCGUGACGUCAUCACCCGUCGAAAAUUUUUCACGCCGCCAUUUUAAAUAUUCGGGACUCGGUGGCGGAGAUAGGCUUCUUCCCCGGUGUAGAUUUACCGCAGCCGCCCUGUGAAGUAAAGCUGGCCAUGGCGAACAGGAACCUCAAGCAAGUCCGCAUCGAGAAGAAUAACAAUGGAAGCAGCGGCGGAGAUAUGGUCUCCCCUCCGCAGCAGCAGAUGGUACCGCCGGGGAAGAAUAACAAACGCAGCCUGAACCUUUCUGAGGGAGACCCGGCUCUGAUGCCGCCCAAGAUGGACGAAGGGGAAGAAGCGCGGGGGGUGACCAUAGAUAUCAAGAGCUUUCUGAAGCCCGGGGAGAAGAGCUACACCCAGCGCUGCCGCCUCUUCGUGGGCAACCUACCGACCGACAUCACGGAGGAGGACUUCAAGAAGCUGUUCGACAAGUUCGGGGAGCCCAGCGAGGUGUUCAUCAACCGGGACCGCGGCUUUGGAUUCAUCCGCCUGGAGUCCAGAACGCUUGCUGAAAUAGCAAAAGCAGAACUUGAUGGCAUGGUUCUCAAAAACAGGCCACUUCGUAUCCGUUUUGCUACCCAUGGGGCAGCAUUGACCGUUAAUAACCUGUCUCCUGUGGUUUCAAAUGAGCUCCUUGAAGAAGCUUUUUCCAUGUUUGGCCCAGUUGAAAGAGCAGUUGUCAUAGUGGAUGAUCGUGGCAGAGCGACAGGCAAGGGCUUUGUGGAAUUUGCAGCAAAACCCCCAGCACGGAAAGCUCUUGAGAGAUGCACAGAGGGAGCAUUUAUACUGACAACGACACCUCGGCCAGUAAUAAUUGAACCCAUGGAGCAAUUUGAUGAUGAAGAUGGUUUGCCAGAAAAAUUUAUGCAGAAGACUCAGCAGUACCUUAAGGAGCGGGAGGAGCCUCCAAGGUUUGCUCAGCCAGGAACAUUCGAAUUUGAAUACUCUUCUAGAUGGAAAGCUCUGUAUGAAAUGGAGAAACAGCAGAGAGAACAGGUUGACAGGAAUAUAAGAGAAGCUAAGGAAAAAUUGGAGGCAGAGAUGGAAGCAGCUCGACAUGAGCAUCAGCUGAUGCUUAUGAGACAAGAUUUAAUGCGACGUCAGGAGGAGCUGCGAAGGCUUGAGGAGCUGAGGAAUCAGGAGCUUCAAAAGCGAAAGCAGUUUCACAUGAGACAUGAAGAAGAGCAAAGACGACGUGAAGAAGAUAUGAUUCGUCAGAGGGAGCAGGAUGAUCUUAGACGUCAGGAAGCGUUCAAGCCGUCUUACAUGGACACCAGAGAACAGGAUUUGAGAAUGGGUGAUAUGGGCGUCCGUGGAGCAAUAAACAUGGGAGAUACCUAUAGCCCAGCUCCUGCUGGUAACCAAGGUCCUCCUCCUCCACCACCACCUCCUCCUCCAAUGAUGGGGAUGAAUAUCAACAAUCGAGCAACGGUCUCAAGCCCUUCAAUGGGUCCCGGUGCUACAAUGGGCUCUGAAGGAGCUGCAAGCAUUGGAGCUGCAAUGAUGCCGGAUAAUGGAGCAGUGCGCAAUGAUAGAUUCUCACAACCAUCUCCAUCCCAAAUGGGAUCUCCCAUGGUUAACAGAGCAGGAACUGAAGCUGCUCAGCCAGCAAUGGGUGGUGUAAAUGCAGUUGGUGGUGGACCUGGUGGAUAUGGUAGAGCAAACCAAGGGGGAAACUUUGAUGGAUCUAACAAGCGUCGCCGUUACUAGUACGUCAUUCCAUACCGUCUAGGAUCUGUUUAGUAGAUAAAUUCCAGUGGAAUGCCUUUCUUUUACUUUUUAAUUUGAACCUAUUGUUUUGUCUUAACUCUAGCGUUUCUAGAAAGUACUUUUUGUUAUGUAACUCAUACAUAUUGUGUUUUUGAUCUUACUGAGAUAUCAUGCCUCAUUGUGAAAGUUGAAUGUUACUGUGAUUAAUUCUAUUUGUAAUAGUAUUGUACAACAUGCAGCUAUACAAUCACAAUAAAGGCAAAACUUCCUUUGAAUUGUUUAAUAAAGCAAUUUAAAAGGUAGAA